AUGAAGCGGUUUUGUGCUGUUUGCAUCCUAAUGAUUCUUACUCAUGAUCUUGCUCGCUUUUCUUUCAGGGCAACGGCGUUGCGUUGUAACCUAUGUGUUUCCAAAGGGCUUGGGAAUCCCUGCACUCCAUCAGUCCAGACAUGUCUGCCACACGUCACCAACUGUGGGUACAUCAAACUCAAGCAGGGUUUAAUGGGCCCUCCCUUCAUCCGUUCCUGUAUCAGCAGGGCGACCUGCUGGGACUAUAUGCAUUCUGAAGCUGUGGAGGCUAAGUGCUGUAAGACUGACCUCUGCAACUGA